AUUUCAGGGUAAAAGCGGCGAAAAAAAUGGAUUAAAUUCCAAUGUUGCUCAGAAUCGCCGUAGCCUUCCGGUGCGAGACAAGAGCUCCAGAUUCUGUUGAAGAUUUUAUCUUUCGUUGAAGAACUUCUCAAGAAUGGCUUCCAAGUUUGCUUCCAGCAGGCAUUUCCUGCUCUGCCCCGUGUGCAAGAAGACGCAGCCAAGCCUCUCAGUGCAUCUGGCUAGGGUGUGCAUGAAGAGGUCUUCGAAAGAGGCCAUCCAGGAAGUGAUGGAGAAGGAAAAGAAGAAUUCCCUUGAACUUCUGCAGUGGGGCAGGGUCUUCAGCUACAGACACUUGCGGGAGAUUGUGUAUGACACUAAUAUAUUUGACAGGUUGGUCCAGGAGCUGGAGCGUCGGCACAUGGUGGUGACAGACAUGCCCUCCCCAGCAGUGCCGGCGCAGACCAGCAGUGUUCCUGUGGUGGCUGGUGCAGCCGCGCAGGGACCGGAGAGCUCUGCAAGUCAGCAGUCAGAAGACAUUGUUGUCAGUGACAGCAGCGGCGAGACCUUUCAAGUUACCCGGGAGGUGCAGUGGCCACAGACCUCCAGGCAGAUGAUGCAGGAGAAGGGACUGUACAGGAAACAUUCCCUGGACCAUCCCCUCCUGAAGGGCUUUGCCACAUACUUGGAGAAGGAUCUCUUGAAUGAGAAUUUCAAGCAGGAGGUGGAAAACGUCAGCAGGUUCAUGUUUUUUGUGAACCCCGGAGAGCCUUCCCUUGAGUUUGUCAGGGAGAGGGAAAAGACGAAGCUCUUCUUUCGGGAGCUGAGUGAGGCUGGUCUCUCCAGGCAGACUCAGGUGAACUACAUGAAGAGCCUGAAGAGAUUCCUCAAGUACCACACUGUCACCACCGACCUGCGGCGUGACAACAUUGCCUUGUGGAACGAGGCAAAGCACUUUGUGGAGUACCUGAGCUCACUACAGCAGAGCUCUGCCAAGUUGGUGAGUAAGGAGAUCAUCCAAAGGAGGUAAGUUCGACUGUCCAUUAAAUUUAAUAUCACGGUUUGAUUAUAUAUCAAUUAUAUAUAAUUAUUAUUAUUAUAUAUCAUAUAUAUGUCUAUGUUUAACACUCUAUGUUUUUUUUAUCU